AUGUCCAGGCGUGCACCGAACCCGGCCGCUGAUCGGGCAGCGCAAAAUCAAGCCACCAUCAAGAGCCUCCUGAAGCUGGAAUCUAAUAAAGUCUGUGCCGAUUGCAAGAGAAACAAGCACCCAAGAUGGGCCAGCUGGAAUCUCGGCAUCUUUGUUUGCAUUCGCUGCUCAGGCAUCCAUCGAGGAAUGGGAACGCACAUCAGCAGAGUCAAGUCGGUUGACUUGGAUGCCUGGACCGACGAGCAAGUGCAAAGCGUGCUGGUCUGGGGAAACGCGCGUGCCAACAAGUACUGGGAAGCCAAACUCGCUCCCGGACAUGCUCCGUCGGAAGCAAAGAUCGAAAACUUUAUCCGAACCAAGUAUGAACUGAAGCGGUGGGUAAUGGACGGUCCGAAGCCGGAUCCUGCCACCUUGGACGUGGACGGGGAUGACGAUGUGCCCUUGAGCUUGGUCAAGGAGAAGCAAGUCAUCGAGCGCAAAGAGUCCAUCAGAAAGGCGUCUGCCGGACAGGCUCAAGUACCGCCGCGUAACCUUUCAGCGCCGGAGGGCGAUUUGCUCGGCUCCUCGGAACAGUCUUCGUCUCGAUCCAAUGCUGCCGGCCCUGCAGCUGGUAAUGUGACUUCAAAAUCUCAGCCUGUGGCUCCCAAACCGACCAGCACUCGAGAUUCAUUGCUUGGUCUCGAUUUUCUGGGUGGCGCGGCGGCCCCGGCCCGUCCCGCGAGCACAACCGGAGUCGCAUCGCCGGGCAGUCAGUCGCGGCCAGACCUUAAACAGUCGAUUCUCUCUCUCUACGCCUCUGCGCCAAGGCCACAGCCUCAGCAGUCAUCUCAGCAACAAGGCUUCGGCGGCACCGCGUCACCGCCUCUGACCCAUCAGCGACAGGGUUCUGCCGGCGGCGGCUUCCAUGAUGCCCUUGGCAGCCUCACAUUGUCGAGCCCCACGAGUCCACAGAAGCCUGCUGCAUUUGCCGACCCUUUCGCCAACCUUGGAAGCGCAUCUUCCAGCAGCCGGGCCGUCGCGCCGCAACCAGCGAACGCGAGUGCCUUUGGCGGCUUAAGCGGGGGCAGUUUUUUCGAAAACAAACCCGCCCAACCUGCAGCGGCCUCUCGCCCGGACAAGCCGUCCAACUUGGGACUUGGCGCGUUUUCCUCGCUCGGGUCCGCAGCACCGACGCCGGUAGCCGCCGCCCCAGCCUCGAAGCUCUCCCAGUCGUCGUCUGCCAUGGGCGAUCUUUUUGAUCUGUCGGCGCCUGUUGCCCAGGGUAAACCUGCGCCGCCGCCGCAGCCGCAGGUCACUUCACCACCAUCUGCCAGCGCAAACUCCGUCUUCAACCUCUCAGCACCCCCGAGCAAACCCGUGGUACCGACCACUUCUACCGCCACGACGACGACCGCUUUUGGGUCUCCAGGAAUUCCCGGCGUCGAUGUCUGGGGCACCAACGAGUGGUCGUCCGCAGCGGCGCCUGCACCUUCGGCUCCGCCGGCACCGGCCGCCAUGCCUAAAAGCAGCGGACAACCCAAGUCUCCUGCCACUGAAUUUGGAUGGGGUAUCCCAAGCUCCUCGUUUGCCAACACGCCAAUUGUUCCCGGCACAGGUGGAGGUUUCAACUCGGCACCCAAAGUCACGGCAGAUGAAGAAUUCGGAAGCUGGGCCAGCAGCACUGGCGCGUCUCACGCGAACACUGCGGCGGCGACAACUGGCAAAGCAGGCGGGGGCUUUGGUGGCGACGAAGAUCUCUUCUCCAACGUUUGGCAGUAG